UGCAAAAUUGGACAAACCCUCUGCGACUUUGUACGACAACAAGAGGUCGUACCUGCGAACCGUGCUCGGAAGGGAAGCGCCAUCAGCGAAGAUGGUACUACCUCCUGCACCACGCAACCUCAAAGGAAUACCUCCAUUUCUAGCGAGGAGCAAACUGUGCAGGGAGCUAAUAUACAAAAGUCGGAAUACCGUUCGUUUAAUAGGUCUGCCUCCUCUAGGCAAAACCAGAACCCGACAUCUAAACUAAAAGACACACUGAGCAGAAAGCCCAAUCGCAAGCAGGACGCACUUUCUGCACACACGAGCACCAGCAGCACUACAUCGAUCCAAUCAUCACCUAUCGAACCAGCUUCCUCUCUGCCCACGCUGCACACCACACCACCGGCUUCCGGCAAAAGUAAUCUUUUUGUGCGGAUGCUGCGCCGCUUUUCCAGUAACUCUCUUUCCGGGAAGACGGCGGUGAGCCUAAAAAACGAAGUCGACGCACCUAAAGUUAACGAUAACAACAACGGCGCUCUGAACAAACAGCAAACGACCGAUGUAGAGGUGCUUUGCUCUAAAGACAACCAGCAGAGGAAACACAAUGAGGACAAAAUGGAUGGCAAAGCAGAGCCAGCAGAUGCCAAGAGCCGCCAGAAAGCUGGUUUAGCUUCGGGCAAUCCUAAAAAAGACAAGUCGGCCAAGGGGACGUCGCAAGCUGUUGUUUCAGACACGAAGAAAAUGGAGACCAGAAAGUCCUCCUCGGACACAGUGAUCGAGCCGUUGAUCAAACAGCAGGCACCACUGCACUCGUCCAAAACUACACCUACUACUCUGACGGCAAACUUCGUGCAAAACAUUCGAUUCGUGCGCAAAAAUGUGGAGCAGUCGGGCAGGAACACUAAUCCACUGCAAUUCGUCGAGCUCGAAACGGAGUUUCCUCGCGAUUAUGAUGAUAACAUCGAAAUGCUGUCCCGCGAGGCGGAACACCUGGAGGAGCAGUUCCGCACGCCAACUCGGUCGAAUGCUACAGAUGCCACCUCCCACCAAGUGGCCGGCAUCAUCGACAAUAUUAUUACCGAAGCGUCACGGAGUCUUACAAUCGAGAAGACUGAGGACGAUGUGCCAUUAAGGUCCUCCACCAAGCAUUCAAGCGGCGUCAAGCGCGUUGGUUUUCAGGUCGAGGAGAAGGACGAUACCGAAAUUCAGAGCGAAAAGCAGCCAAAGAGCAUCGACGAUAUAUCAAAGAAGUCAGAGAGCGCCGAGGUUAGCGCAGAGGAAGCUACUGUCACUGGAUCAUCCACGGAUGCCUCCACAUCCCUGCUGCCUUCCACGACGACGGUGUCAACCACUUCGUCAGCCACUUCGAUCACCAAGAGCAAGAGUGAUGAGGACGAUGACCCGGUGGCCAUGUCCCCUUGUGGGCGUUUUUUCAAGUACGAUAAGGAAGUCGGACGCGGUUCCUUCAAAACUGUCUACCGUGGCCUGGACACGUUGACGGGUGUUCCAGUGGCCUGGUGCGAAUUACUGGACAAGCAAGUGAAGAAAAGUGAACGCACCAGAUUCCGUGAGGAGGCAGAUAUGCUGAAGAAACUUCAGCACCCAAACAUUGUGCGGUUCUAUACAUAUUGGGAGUUUCCUAUUGGCCGCAAGAAAAAUAUAGUACUAGUCACCGAACUAAUGUUAUCUGGAACUUUGAAAUCCUAUUUAAAACGAUUCAAGAAAAUACACCCAAAGGUAUUGAAGUCAUGGUGUCGCCAGAUCCUAAAAGGCCUCAACUUCCUGCAUACUCGUCAAUUUCCUAUAAUUCAUCGUGAUUUGAAAUGUGAUAAUAUUUUUAUAACUGGCACCACUGGUAGUGUUAAAAUUGGCGACUUGGGCCUGGCAACGUUGAAAAACCGCUCCCACGCGAAAUCUGUGAUUGGUACGCCGGAGUUCAUGGCCCCGGAAAUGUACGAGGAGCACUACGACGAGUCGGUGGACGUAUAUGCCUUCGGCAUGUGCAUGUUGGAGAUGGCAAUCUCCGAGUAUCCAUAUAGCGAGUGCAAGGGUCCGGCCCAGAUCUACAAAAAAGUGAUCUCGGGUAUAAAGCCAGCGGCCUUAGCCAAGGUAGAGGAUCCCAACGUGCGCGACAUUAUCGAACGAUGCAUUGAACUUAAAAAGGAGGAUCGACCUAGCUGUAAUGAACUUCUAGAAUCGGAGUUUUUUGACGAGGACAUCGGCAUUCGCGUGGAGCCCACUGCUUCGGAACAGUUCCUUUCUGAUCCGAGCAUCAGCAUCAUCGAAUUUCGACUGCGUUUUAUGGAUCCAAAGAAGCGCUCAUCUCGUCAUAAGGAGAACGAGGCGAUACAGUUCGAAUACAACAUUAAACAUGAUGAAUACGAGCAGAUUGCGCAGGAAAUGAUGAAGGAAAAUAUUAUAUCGGAGGAUGAUUCUCGCGCUGUAGCUCGACUUCUGAAGGUGCAAGUGGUAUCGCUGCUUAAAGAACGUGCCCAGCGUCAAACUCAAAUCAAACUGCAGAACGAGAAGUCGCGAUUGGAGAAACUAGCAUUGCAAAAGCAACGUGAGAGUUUGCCGACCAACGUCGACGAAGAUGAAGAAGAAGAGGAGGAGUCCGAGGACGAGGAGGAUGGCGUGAAGUGGAAUCAGCGUCUGCAGCUCAAGUAUGACCUGCUUAACACAGAUUCAGAAACUAGCCUAGCUCUCUCCACGAACAGCGUCGAGCCGCAACUGUCCACACGGUCGAGCACAAUUCCAAAUAGUGGUAUUCAGCAGCCUGUUCAAGUCCCAGGUCCUGUGGCUGUUUCCCAGUUGAUCUCGGUGCAGCCGCAGGCUAUCGCGUCACCGGCUAUUCCGUUGCAACAAAAACCAACGGUCCACUACAUCCAGACGCCGCAGCUGGCCUCAUAUCAAAACUCGAAUCCGACGAUGCAGGAGAUGACUAACAACCAGGUCAUCUCACCGACGGGCAGUCAGCAGAUGCAACAACAGCAGCCCAUUGCUGCACCAACCGUAAAUCAUCAGAUCAUGCCGCAGCAGCAGGUCAACCAGCAACAACAGCAGCCACAAAUGAUGCAGCAGAUGCCCCAGCAAGUUCAAGUACAGCAGGUGGCUCCGCAACAACAACCACAGACAGUGUUGGCUCCACAACAGCACGAACAGCAACCACAGCAACAGCAACAGUCAUUGGUAGAUCAGCAAAAGAGCCACCAAAUUCCAUUACAGCAACAAUUACAGCAGCUUAUGCAUAACAACGUGCAGACACCGGAACUGGCACAACAGCAACAAAUGGUUCAGCAACAGGCUCAGCAAUAUUUUCAGCAGCAACCGCAGGCUCCGGUUUCUAUGCAUCCAAAUCAGCUUGCGCAACAACAACAGCAGGCUUAUGCGAUGCAACAACAGGUGGCGGUUUCGCACCAACAACAAAUUUUGCAACAACAAUUGGCCCAGCAUCAACUACAGCAGCUGCAGCAGCAACAGCUUCAACAUCAGCAGCUCCAACAACAGCAGCUCCAACAACAGCAGCAACAGCAAAUCCAACAACAGCAACUACAACAACAACAGUUUGUGCAACAAUACGCACAGGCCAUACCACAGCAACAACACCAGCAAAUCAUCGCGGGAUCGCAGGUGAUGGCACCACAACAACAUCAACAAUCUAUGCCGAUCCAAGUUCAGAUGCAAGUUCCACCAACUUCGGUGGCUCCUACAAUGCAACAGACAUAUAACCAGCAGACCCCUCAAGUGACUCUGGGUGAUCCUCAACAACAACAGCAUGCGGGAUUUUCAGCCGUACCUUCGCAGCAACCACAAUUUGUUCAACAACCCACACAGCAACCAAUACAGUUGUCAAUGCAGUUGGAGCAGAAAUUGCAGCAGUUACUGCAUAGCCAACCGCCCCAGCAACAACAACCGCAGCAAACCAUAAGUCAACAGCAACAGCCACCUUUGCUCCAACAGCAGCAGCCUUUGGUCCAGCAACAGCAACCUUUGGUCCAGCAUCAGCAACCGUUGGUCCAACAGCAGCCACAACCACAGCACCCACAGCUGCAGCAGCAACAACCACAGCAGCAACAGCCACAGCAGCAACAGCCACAGCAACAACAACUUCAACAGCAACAACUCCAACAGCAACCGCCACAGCAGCAACAACAACCAAUACUACAGCAGCAGCCUGUAGCCGAACAACACUCACAGAUUCCUUCACAAGUCCCAAUGCAACAGGAAAAUCUGCAACCACUCCAAGUUAAUCCAGAACCAUCUGUCGUAGCGGAAGUCGUGCCUGUUAAUAAUAUUCAAGCAAACCCCGAAAGUGCAGGGAAAACAGAAUCCCAUACACCUGGCGAUGCAGAUAAGCAGCAGAAACAACAAGGCACGGCAACACGGACUCAGAAACCAAGACGCUCGAACCGUAGCGGCAACGAAAGGAUUCCCAAACUAAGUGUUACCAGUGUGGACGAGGGCAGCGUCAUUAACUGUCACAUGGAAAACAAACUUAAAACGAUUACAUUUAAAUUCGACAUAGGAGAUGUUAAUCCGGUUGAAAUUGCCAAUAAAUUGAUCGCCCAAGAUUUGCUUUCUAAUUGCCAAAGUACAGUUUUUGUGGAAAUGAUCAAUGAAAUUGUUGACCAAGUCAAACAGAAUCCCAAUCAAAUCCCUAUACCGACCAAUUAUCGCCGCAAUAUUGAAAAGGUCCGACACGCGUCUCUAACUCGACAGCGUUCCACGUUUAGGUCACACCAAAGACAUAGAUCUCGGGAUGAAACCGCCAGCGACAUUACAAAGAUGUUCGAACCCACUAUCCAUGGUGUUGAAAAUCUACCUUCCGGAGGCGGAGGCGCUGAUCCGUCGAACCCCAAUUUAAUUUUUGAAGCCAGGUCCCAUGGAUCCAACAUAACGAAUGCGCAAGAGCCCCAGGUAAAUUUAGGAACCCCACCCACAACCACUUCGACCAUGUCUUCCUCAUCAACCGCAUCGAGGGAUGCGCCCAAUAGCAGCAAUGACGUGACCAUCGGAUCCGGUUCCGUGUCUCGCAAGACAAGUACGGCCUCGGAAUACACUUCGCUUUCGAUUGACUACAUGCCUGAUAGCAACAUUACUCCAACUGGUCCGGAACCAUCGCUUGACGAUACCAAGGAUAAGCCACUGGCUGUGCAGCAAAAGCCUUGCUCCCUUGCUAUCGCUAGAAUGCAAAAGCUUUUGGAGUCAACCGGCGGCGGUGCCCCCCGCAGUCUGAACCUGCCCCUGAAUCGUCACCUAAAGAUUCAAGAGGACUUAAAGCAUACUAGAAGCCUUGACGACUUGACCGCUGUGAAAAUAACCUUUGACAUGCCCAAUAAGACAACAUUAGAACCUUCCGAGAAUGUUCAAUAUACCACUGCAUUGGAAGUAGAGAAGCCAAAAGAUAAGUCCGCCCAGGUGGUAGGAAACCAGGGAACGGGAGCGGCCAACACCCUAGAACAGUUAAAGAUAGAACUAGAGAACAUAACACACGCCCACGCUUUUGCAUCUGCGGUGGUUGCCUCGAUCAAUAACAGAGUUCCUCACCAGGCCUCGCCAGCCAUGUCCUCACUUAAGGCUUCAUCCGGACAACCGCACACACAAGAGAUUAACAAGUCAAGUAACGGAGCAGGUACGUCCGCUCCCUCAGUGGGUCAAAAUACUCCCACUGCGGCAUUAACAUCCGCCAGGGGCUCUGGCUCCUCCGUCUACAACUCACGUCGCACUUCCAUUGACAACAGCAUGGGAUCUGAUGUGCACUUGCACACUGCCACCAAUCUUGAAGGGACAAUUAGUAACUCGGAUCCGACUCCAACUGAGGCAUCAGUUGGCAUUGCCAUUGGCACGGGCCAUGAGAAGCAACUGUCCAAGCAGCCUAGUUUGGAAAAACCAUCGACCACUUCCAUUUCGACCAACUCAAGUGAUCCUCCUCAUAGAAAUCCUAGCAACGGAUCACUCAAUCAGAAUUCAAUAGCAGAUUUGGAAAAGAAAUUAGCAGCUUUGCGUAAUACCGAAAACGCUGAAGAGUCUGCAUCAACCACGUUAGGUGUGGUCCCCAAACCAAUCGAAGAGGUCGUAAACCCAAGCGCCCGUAAAAUUUCGCGUUUCAGUGUCAGUCGUGUGCAGGAGCAGAAAACUUCGACUGGUAUGGAGGAACCUGCACUGAAGAUCGACUUGCAGGUCGCAGGCCCUGGAGGCCAGUUACAGAGCAACAGCUCAAUGCAGAAUGGCAGUGUGGUUAACACUCCAACUGAAAUUAUCAGUUCUCCCAUUCAAAAUGUUCCACUGGCUAUUAACGGAAUUCAAUUGAUAUACCAACAGCCCCAACAAAUCCAACAGUUGCCUGGAGGAGCCUCCACCUCUACGAGUGGAGCAGGGGCUCAAUGCAUUGUAGUGCCCCAAGUAAUAAAUCAGAAUGGCACCCAUAUGCAACAAAUAUCAAACCUACAACCACAGCAGCAACUUGUACAUUCAAAUAUGCAACAACAGACGCCACUCAAUGGCCAUCAGCCCAUGGUAAACACUCACCAGCAACAACCGCAACAGCAAUCUAUACCCAUGCAGCCGAUUCAGCCGCAGCAGCAGCAGAACCAAAUGCCUCUCAUACCACAACAACAACAACAGAUCUUAAUGCAACAGCAACAAGGAUCUCAGCAGGGAUCGCAGCAAUUUAACUUGCCUGGCACACAACAAACCCAUCCUCAGCAUCAAUUUAUCCAGACUCAGACCAAUCAGCUUCACUCGCUUCCACCCCAGGUGGUAAGCAUGGCCCAGGGAAUGCCACAUCAACUUCCACCCAUGCAGACUAUGUCAGCCCAGCAGCAAAUCAUUUCGCAACAACAGCACCAGUUGCAGAUGCAGUCGCACAUGCAGCAACAAAGUGUGUCAGGAAUGUACAACCAGCAGACCGGAGCUCAUGUGACCGCUCCACAAAAUUUCCAAAAUGCUGUACCAAAUCAUUUGUUGCAGCAGUCUCCUCUGAUGGCUUCCCAACAGCCAGCACAGCCUAUGCAACACGUUAUGCAACCGAUCUUUAAUGCAUCGUCUGGGGAAGUUACCGAAGAGCCUGUAUCACUAGCAGCUACACAUCCACACUUGUUACCAAGCGAUAUACAAUCCGAUAUAAAACACAAUUUAGACUCGUUGGUCAACCAAUUGUGCAAUACGCGCUUGGGUACUAAUCAGCACCAGCGGCUGUUGCUGUUGCGUCAGAGACAACUUAUUGAAGAGGACGAGCUGCGCCUGAAACAUUAUGUGGAAUACGAAAAGUUUCAAAAGGCACUUCGCCAAUCAAUCAGCACAAACGUUCCAGCGCCUGCAGCUUACUAUUCAGCAGCUGCCGCUCAGCUGCCAACUAAUUUGGCAGCUCCAGCAGCUCCGUCCUCAACGAAUCCGACAUCAACUAGCUCCGCGAACACAUAACUGCGCUAAAUGUUUUGCUUUAUGCACCUUUGACAAGCCAUACUAACAGCUCUUACUCUAUGUUCUCGACAAUAUAAUUGGCUCGAGUGUGAGGACGUGGACCUGGAGGUAGAUUUUAAGUAAAAAGUUGUCGAAUGUUACGGGGUUGUCUGUAAAUAUUAGUCAAACGCUUCUUGUUGAUAUGCCAUUGUUUUAUAUUUUUCUUUCUGUUUCACUUUUAAUUUAAAGUUUCUAAUUUCCAAUCUUGGCUUUCGUUUAUUUGUUUAAAAUAAAUAUUAAAAUUUUGUAUGAACUUUUUAAGGAAAUUGUACAUUUUAUUAGUAAAAAAAACUGUAAAUAAACAUUUCGAUAAUGUAAUAAUAUAACAAUGCAUAUAGGAAUAUUAUAUAUUAGUCAUCAUUUAUUUAAAGUGGUGUAUACAUACUGUAGUUACUAAAUAAAUAACUUAUUAUACCCAA